GAUCAAAGUUACAGUAUGCUAGCUAAUUAUCAAACCAUUCAGAGGGCGGCUUAAAAGUGGCGGCAACGACUUACCGAAGUUGGUCUUAUCGAUAAGCAGACUGCGUUUCGACGUCGACCAGACCACAAAUUUACUGCCGAGUCACCGCCAACCACCGUUCGUGAUAUUGAACUUGUAUUUUCUGCUCACCGAACGCACCAAACCAAAUCCUAUCCAGUAAUCAUCACCAUGUCGUCCAAUGUGGGUUUAACGACCCCUCGAGGCUCAGGUACAUCCGGCUAUGUCCAACGCAAUCUGUCCCUCUUAAAGCCUCGUGACACUGGGGUCGGUGCGCCAUACAGCCUCGAUUCUUCUGCCCGCGGUCCAAAGACGCGCAAGCCCGAUCAAGAGAUUCUCAAUCACGAUCGCCUCCGAGAGAUUGAAGUGACAGUCCUAGAGCUGCGAGAAAAGCUGGAAGACGACGAGGUGGACGAGGACAAGAUCGACGAAGAAUGCGACAAGCUGCGCAAGAAGCUUACUGCCGACAUGGAACGGAACAAUAACCGAUCAGGCGGAGGUAAAAGAAUGGACGGGAGAGCCCUCAAAAGUUAUCAAGUGCACGAGAUGGCAGAGGCUAAAGAAAGGGAAAGUGAACGAUUAAGAAAGGCCCUGGGCUUGAAGGCCGGUGAGAUAUCUGAAGACGGCGAGCAUCCUAUGGCCAGGCAGGAGAAGAGAAGACGAGAACGAGAAGAGCAACAGCUCAAACAGGGUGACGAGGAGAAAAGCUAGAUUAUCUUCAUUGCUCGGAAUUGUCGACAUCACGAACGCAUGCGCCAGGAACACCAGCGCGCUUGGAAUACGGCUGGAGAUGAUACUGGUGACUAUCAGGAUGGGUCCAUCGGGCGCCCUUACGAGUCCAGGUGCAGAGCACCGAGGCUUCGACAGUGUGGCAUGUCGUCAUCACGUCGUAUGCUCUGUUCCGCCGUGGUCGGAGUGCCACGAGCCCGUCUCAGAAGCGACUGCCACCCUCACGUCCCUGGGCGGAUGUAU